UAGCCUCCCCUCUUUGUUACUACAAAGCAUGUGACCGAAACGCGAUCAUGUGAUUGUACCUCUUUACGAAGAUGGCGUUAACUAUCAGCAGUCUCCGCGUUGGGCUUUGCUGUUCAUUGAUUUUGGCUAUGGUUGGAGCUGAUCUGGAUCAAAGAACUCUCCAUGUCAUGCCUUAUCCAGACUGUGAUAAAUAUCCCAGCUGUGAACAAGCUCUGAAUCAAAGUUCCUCAGAUCCUGGUUUUCCUAAUCUCAUCUAUGUUAGUGCAGUCGGUACUAAAGAUAAACUGCACUUUGUGUUGACAACUAUAAAUGUGCCUUCUCUGCUUAUUCUGCAAACCUCUAUGGAUGGACAGAUGUACUUCAACUGGGAUGGUAUACUUUUAGCUGAUAACAUUACUGACAUGGCCAAUGCCAUCAAUGUAUCAGCAUCGUCUGUUCUGUACCAGUAUUCAGUGCUUUUCACCAGAUUAAUAGAGUACAAUGAUACAAGUGAUGUCGCAAAUCUUGCGAUAGCUGAUGAGCCUAAUUCCAAGACAGAGUGGAAGAUCCAUGAUUUUAGGGACUUCAAGUGGAUGAAUGCCACCACAGGACAAGGAGGAAAUUCCAUCAUUUUCAGUACUGCAUAUCAUGACAUCAAUAAAACUGAUGCUACCGGAAAUCUUACAGGAUCUCUGUAUUUUGAGUUUGAAAUGCAUGGGGAAGAUGGACGAGAUGAGGAUCUUCCCCACCUGAUCUACAAUACCAACAUGACUCAGUUAAAUUUUGUAUUGGACAAGUAUACUCCUGCCUUUGCCAACUCCCGCUUUGCACUUGAAGUUGCUGUCAUCUCUAACUCAUCUGUUCAUGAUGAUCUUCCAGAUGAGAUGUCUAUUGAAGAAACAAAGUCAAUAGAUGAUGAAUACUCUCCAGGAGUGUUUAAGAUUGUGAACUGGUACUCCAGACAAAACCACAAGGAUGCUGGUGGCUAUAUUCAGUGGAAGCCUGUUUGUUACUUAGAUGCCCAUAGAGCACGAGACAAAGGGACUGAAGUACAGUAUUAUGGUCUUACUGGUACUCAACACAUCGAUGACAUACUCAACACAAGUGUGGCCUUCGCUUACUUUGGUGAUCGUCUGUAUACUGACAAAAAUGUUGUCCGUAAAGCUUCCAACAUUUCAUUUGGGUUUUCUAAUGAUGGAUUUUAUGUCGGCAGCAACUACACUGCUUGGACUGUUUCAAUUGGCUUUGGCACCCCACCAGAAGAGUCUAUUUCCACAAUGGUUAUUGCUGUUAUUGCCGCAGGACUUGGCAUCCCUGUUAUCAUCAUUGUGAUAGGUGGCCUGUACGUGUGUAUCAAAAGACGAAGAAGCCAAACUUAUGAGCCUCUAGGCAAUGGAUCAGGCAGUUAUGCACCAGUAAAUUGAUAAGCAAUAGAUAAUUUGACUUAAGGUUUACUUUCUUAUUCUGAAUUGAAAUUCUUGAGAAAAUUCACUUGAACAACAUAUGUUCCUAAUGCUUUUUCAUUACCUUUGUAUGAAGUUUCCCCUUUCCCUAGUAGUUGAGAAAGUUCUGUUUUAGAUGAGGGUCUUGCAAAAAGUACAAAAACACAAAAAAAGAAAGGAUUUAGUGUUAAACUUUGUGAUUUACUGAAGAUUUAUUUGUUACUACAUGUAUCAUAAAAUGUUUGGAAGAGAAAUAACUUGUGUAUAAAGUCUCUGCCCCAUGUAUGCAUUUGUAAAAUAUUUUAAAUGCAUAGAUUUUCACAUUUCUUUAUUUAAGCUAUAAUUUUUAUAGUGUCUUUUUUAUGUUUGGGCUAUCUUCUCCUUCUCCUCUUUCACACAAUCAAAGCUCCAUUUCCAUCAAGAUUUGUAAACCAAGUCUUUCAAAAAAAGAUAACACAAAUAUUAAAAGCUAUGUACAUAUGUUUGCCAGUAUCUCAUGUUCUUAUGACAUAAAUUUUGAGAUCUUAUAAAACAUUAAGGCUGGCUUGACGCAUCAGUUUUGACUUUGUGGUUUAUUUCUUUCAGUAAUCACAAACAAUAUAGCACAAAUAUGACUUGAAAUGAACAAAAUAAAUGUGUUCCUAGCCCUUUUAAGAGACUGUACAUGUUUAUUAAGCAGUGUGCCUUCUCUGAUGAGAUGAACAGCCUGUAGGUGAGGGCAGUAUAAAUACGUUUUAUGGAUUUUUUUUCAAUGAAGAGGUGAUUCCUGCUCGAUAGUUGAAUUCUUCUCUUACCUCCCCAACCUCUUUUUUGUCUGCUCUAUUUUUACAGUCUUGGUCAUAAGUAAAACUUUGCUCUUUAAGAUGUGCACAGAUUAUGUGUCCUGAUGAAUACUCACCUCUCAUUUUCACAAGUUGAUUGAAAAUCAAAAGGUUAGGUAAUGACAACAUGCAGCUUUGUUAAUAGAUUAAUUCACCAAAGGCAAGAAAAUGUUGUGCUUAGAGUUAUCAUACAAUAAUAAAAUGUAUAGAAUGGAACCAACAGGAGUCCUUACAAUUCUGAAGCUGGCUAGUUUGUCCUUGCAGUAAUAACACUAACAGGUUGAUAUUGUCAUGUAUUAUUUUAUUUAGAUGAUGUUCAGAAGGCAUUCCAUGCUGCUUUAAGCAGUGUAUAUGACACUUUUUUUCAUAGAGAUGCAUUACUUUUGUAUUUUUGCUUUAUAAUUCAUUUCUUCUGGUGGAGCAUGAAGUUUCUCAGAAAAAAAGUUUAUGCAGCUCUGUUUGGAUGUAUUUUUUUGUAAAAUCUCUAAAAGGAGACUGGUUGACCAUUAUGAAUACAACUAAUAUAGCUAACAGAUUAACAGACAAAAGAACAAAGACAUCAGAAUUUCUUAUGCACCUUUGUCUUUUGUUACAUAAAGUCAUAACUACUGACUUAAAUACGUGUUACCAAAGCAAAGGUUUAUCUCUUGCUGUUUGUGCAAUUUUGACUGAAAGAAAGAUAUGUUAACAGUGAUCAGAUGAAAAUAUUGUAUCAUUGUGUCUCAGAUUGCUAAACUAAGCUUAAAAUAAUGAAGGUCCAUGUCAUACUGAAAAAUUAAGAAAUUGCAAUUAUAGUGUUAAACUCAAUGCCCAGAUUUUAUAUAUUUUUUAACAGAUUUAUUGGGCUUUUUUCAUUUUGUUUGUAUGCUCCACUCGGCAUUGUUUACUGGGUGUAAUUAGCGAUAAGAAACACUAGACAGCCAUCAAGUACAUAUACGAACGCUGCUUUGUAUAUAACAGAAAUCAGUGGCUGCUGGUAUUGUGAUUUCCUUAUAACAUGAAACAUUGCUGAAUUGUUUUACGCUACAACAAAAGAAGCCACAAAAUUGUGUGCAUCUACAAAGCUGUUGUUGAAAAAUCGUAUCUAAUUUUUAUCAUUAGUUUUUUUUUGUUUUGUUUUGGUUUUUUUUUUUCAUUUUUGUGAAGCAUAUUUUUUUUGUCAGAGAACUAAAAAAUUAAUGUUAGAGUAUCAUGACAGUUUUUUCCUCAGUUUAUUAUACAAGCAUGAACUUUGUAUGUUUGACUUUAAAACUUCAAGUUACACUUCAUGGUUUAAAAAAAAACAUAGAAUCUUAUUGGAAGUGUGUUUGUAUAUGAAUGAAUGUAAAACAAAAGGAAGUGCUGUGAUUUAUUGCAAAAGCAAGAUGUGAAAAUGGUGCCUCUCUGUUUCACUAUGUUUGUCAAGGAUGAGAGAGAUUAUUUGCUUAAUUAGCUUGUUGGGAAAAAUGUUUCUUCAAGGAUGCUGUGAUUUGACACUUAUUUCAAUGUACAAAGAUCUAGACCUAUAUACUGGUAAUUAUUGCUGCUAUUCAGAGAAGCAAGAAAUGUAGAUCGGGCAUGUCAAACUUAGAAUCUUCCAAAAGCACCAUGAGUCACAUUUGUGUUGUCAAGGGCAGCACACAUACGCAGGUCCCUUUGAGUAAGCCAUGUUUAACAUGCCUGAUAUAGACCAAAGUUUUCCACCUGACAGACUGAAUGUGCAAAUGAAGAAAUGGAUGACUUGAAAAUUGCUUAGAUUGUACAAACUAAUAAAGCAUUGCAUUUUGAAAAUAAAUAUUGUUUUACACCAUU